CAUAUAAUCUCUGAGACAGAUAAUUUAUUUUCUUCUUUUUUUAAAUUGUAGACUAGUGUUCUUUUAUUGGGUUGCAGAGCUCACAAUAGCCACUAGGAGGCGUACCCCUAUCUCUGGUGGUGGUCGACAGGGCUUAUAUUUUGUAACGCUGUCACCGGAAGUGCGCCAUCACUGUGCUGAAGCUCACAGAUAUUAUUAUCCGCUUGUUUCUGUGUCAUGACUUUCGGUCGGAGUUGCGUUUUUAAACUCAAUAAUGCGGCGUUACAUUCGUGCACUAUUGCUGUGCAUGGUGUUUGCCGUGUUUUCGGGCUUGUAUGUUUACAGUAAACUGUUUUACUCGGACGUGUCGGUCGGAGGAAACGGGCCGAAGAGGAUUUUCAUCCAACCGAGAGUCCCCGGAGCCAGGCGAGGGGCCGCGGACAGAGCUGGGCCCCGAAGCCCUCACUGGUACAAUAGGUACAUCAUGCGGCAGCGAGGUCAGCUGGAGCCUGGUGGUGCCAGUCGUCAGAGCAGACUGGAACCUCCUAUGCACCUUGCUGUGGUGGCCUGUGGGAAUAGACUGGAAGAGACUCUCACCAUGGUCAAGUCUGCUGUGCUUUUCAGCAUUAACCACCUGUGUGUACACAUCUUUGCUGAAGAUCAGCUACAUGUUAGCUUCAAAGAAGCUCUGGAUUCAUGGCCUGGCUUUAUUCGGUCAAGAUUCAACUACACACUCUAUUCCAUCAGCUUCCCCAGUGAGAAUGCAGCCGAGUGGAAAAAACUCUUCAAGCCCUGUGCUUCACAGCGGCUCUUCUUACCUCUGAUCCUAAAGGAAGUGGACUCGAUAGUGUAUGUUGACUCAGACAUCCUCUUCCUUCAGCCUGUAGACAAGUUGUGGGCGUUCUUGUCUCGCUUUAAUUCCUCUCAGCUGGCAGCCAUGGCCCCGGAACACGAGGAGCCCCGGAUCGCCUGGUAUAACCGCUUUGCUCGCCACCCCUUCUAUGGCAGGACGGGUAUCAACUCAGGGGUCAUGCUCAUGAACAUGACAAGGAUGAGAAAAACAUUCUUUAAGAAUGACAUGACGUCAGUGGGGUUGCGCUGGGAGGAGCUACUGAUGCCUCUUCUCCAAAAAUAUAAGCUCAACAUAACCUGGGGAGAUCAGGACCUUCUCAAUAUAAUUUUUCAUUACAACCCUGAGUGUUUGCUGGAGUUCCCAUGUCAGUGGAACUAUCGCCCUGAUCAUUGUAUCUAUGGCAGUAACUGUGCUUCAGCAGAAGAAGAAGGCAUCUACAUCCUGCAUGGAAACAGAGGGGUUUACCAUGAUAAUAAACAACCAGCUUUCAGAGCCGUUUAUGAGGUCAUACGAAAGUACUCCUUUGGCACAGAUCCACUGACUUCAUUGUUGGAUCCUCUAGAAGAAGAACUGUUAAAGACAACACAUACUUACUGUGGUAAAUCCCACCCACUCUUCACCAAAAGACUGGCACAAAGCCUGGCAAACAUCAACAAGAUGGCCCAACAUGGACGGUGACAAAAUGAACACUAAUGAUGGGAAUGCAGGCAAAAUGAAGAGUAUGCGCCUUCUAUGUUGAACUCCUAACCUAAAAUCAUCAGCCUAACACAAAGAAGCAUAAAAGCUUUUAAUGGACUGAACUUUCUUAAAGGUGCACUAAGAAGAUUUGCACAUGAAUGUGAGCUAAUCUGAAGUUUAUGUUGGAGUUUAUUUUGUGCUGAGAGCUGAUUGUUUGUUGAUAUUACUAAGCUAACUAUGAUAACCCAAUGCACAAUAUACUGAUUUCUACACAGGUUUCAGGUCAAAUGUUCUGCUCAAAGCCUAACACUGACUUCCUUUCAGGUCCUCUACUGCUGCAACAGUGUGCAACACUAGCACUGUUAUCUUAGAGAUGCAAUCUUCUAUGAUGCCAACUAGGGCUGGGAGAUAAAACGAUAGCGAUUUAUAUCAUGAUCUAACUUUUCCUCAAUAGAAAUAUGACACGCUCGAUACAAUUUCAGUAGAAUUUAUUCAUCCACGUUUUGACAAAAGUAAGAACAGCCAGUCAUAAUGAAGUAGUACCGCACCGAACCAAUCAUGCUAGAGCCAUGUCAAGUUAGGUUGAUGCACACACAUUAAUGUUUGGGCAACAGUGGGAGGUAAUGAGUGUUCCCACAGGAGAAAAUUUGACUGAGAACUCAGGCGACCGGGUUAAUGAACAGUAGGGUGUGAACCGUUUCGGUUCCGGUGUACAACCGAGGCAUAGAAGCAGGGAGUCAGACGUCCAAAGCAUGGUGUUUCACUUUUGGUUUACACCAGUUAUGAUGCGCCUGCAGACCUGAAUUCAGGGGUACACAUGGAACGACAGGGGGGGGUUUUGGUCUGUGCGUACCGCAAUACUAAUACACACAAACCAUACGGCUGAAAAAACUGAAAAUGAAACUUAAGACACUUAUAAGA